AAUAUCGCCUAAAAUCAAAUAAAUUUCUAUAACCCUGAUAUAAAGAUAUUUGAGAAUAUAACAUUUUAUUUAAACACAUUUUUUGUGCAAUUAUUUCUAGCUAAUAGUAAUCAGAAACAGACUGAUGCAUUCAAACGAUAAUUGUAUCAGUGCAGAUGAAUUGAAAGCAGCUUUUACUACAAUGAAGAAACUUCUACAAGACGAUAUAUUCAAAAACUUGGAGGAAUGUACAACGGCGGUUAAAGAACUGGAUAAGUUAAAAAAGGAAAAUAUAAUUUGUGAAAUUGAUGAAUCAAACGAAACUUGGAAACUCGCCAUAGAUAUUCAGAACAAAGCACGUGGAGAUAAAGAAAUUGCAGAUCCAAGUCCUGAAGCCACGCACAUAUUGCUGACAAAAGUUCAAAUUCAACUUCAGGAGGAAAAGGUGCUACAGCUACAGUCAGAGCUCUUAAAAUCUAAAGAACAAAUUCAAAAUGAUCAAAGGCAACGGGAAUAUGAUCGAAGGCAACGGGAAUAUGAGCAAGAAAGGGCUAGAGAUAAUCUUAAAAGGCUAGAAAGCCAAUUGGAAGAUUCUAAACACAAACAUCAAAUUGAUAUGCAAUAUUUAAAUGCAAAAAAUGAAGAACUUACAAAAGAGGUAAAUAAGCUAGUAGAGCAUAAUCCGACAUUACGUGGAAGAAUCCUUAAAGGAACGGCAACUGGAACAGGUGUCGGUUUGUUAGGUGGACCAGUCGGAGCAUGUGUAGGGGGCGCUGCCGGAGGUGUGGUGGGUGGUAUUUCAUACUUCUGGGACAGAUUAACAAAAUAGUAACUGCGUAAAAUGAAUGCGGCAAAGUUUUCUAUUUUGAUAUAUGGUUUGCCUUUUAAAAAGAUCAGUUUUUGCUACAUUGCCUACAGCAAUACUUUUGUGCAUAUGUAUAUCCUAUGAACAGUUGAAAGGGGGCGUUUUCAGAGGUGAACUCCAUUUUUCGAUUCUGGAAACACGACAGUUCCAUUUAAAGAAACACAUAUUACAGUUUUUUUAGAUUUAAAAAUUAAAUGGUGUUACAAACCUCUGAUAUAACCUUUGAAGGUAAAAACAGCUUUACCGCAAUCAUAGUAUCUUUAAUGAUACUUCUUGUUAAGUAUGUGACAGUUUUCCAAAUCAUAAUGUUAGGGAUUAUCCUACAAUUAUGUAUUGAUAAUGUUUUGAAAGAAUGAAACAGCAUUCGUUGUCUCAAUAUACUUUAUCGUAGGUUAUGCAAGCUUCUUUUAACAACAAGUUAUUCUUUCAAUCACAUGCUCUCAGUUUAUGCAAUGUUGUGUGAAUACAAAUAUUAAAAGGAAACACUGCAAAUAUCACUUUCAAGGCACAUUCUCUCUGUGCAUGCGUGAGUGCGUUUGUUUGUUGUGUUUUUUUGCUUUUUUACAUACUUUAAUAAGACUUGAAUAUUGUCUAACACUUAUUUUUUAUAACCUCUAUUUGUAUGUAUCUCAGUGAUUAAACCUGUAUCGUAU